AUGCAGACCACCGCCGGUCACUUCAACUUCCCGUCGCACGAGCAACAGGCUCCGUCGACGUACGAAGGUUACGACAAUUAUGAAAGUGGUUACGGUUCGCCUGUGUCGAGUCGCGAGGGAGCAAUACAGUGGAAGUCACCGACCGCGGUCAACGACCAUUAUGAUGACUACAAUAACUUCGCCAAUGCCAUUGGCGAUGCUACCACUCACCAGAUUAGCGUCGAUACUAGAGUCCGCUCACCGAACCAUGAUGCCGUCGGUCGGCAUCUUCUAUAUGAAACAGCAUUGCUAGACACCCAUCACUACGAGGUGCUCGAUAUCAACGAAGUGGAUGAACUCAAAACCGAACACGAACGAUUAGACGCGCGCAUAGAGGCCGCAAGUCGCAAACUCGUGCUGGAGAAUAAGUUGAAAGAAGCUGCGCAGAACAUCCAGCGACUAUACCACUCGAAAAAGGACUCGCGGCCAGACACACCUCAGAGCCCAGGUAGCCCGAAGAAAACUCGGGGAAGCCUGUCGGGCAAUAGGGGAAGGACAAGCAGCAGCAGCGCUAGCCCAGGUGGUCACUCUGAGCAAGCUAAGGAAGAAGUCGCUCGAAGCGUCAAAACGGUGGACGAGCUCAACGAAACAAUCAAGACUUUAUUGGAGAGACGCGCUGUCGUUGAACGCAAGCUUCUCAGGCACACGGCUGCCGUGAUAGCUGAGCAGGCCACGCAGAGCACCAACACGGUUUCGGGUAAAUACCCGGACGGUCAUCAACACGCAGACGACGAUGGAACCCUAUAUACACCCAAUGAGUUUGACGGGAUUAGGGAUAUCCUGCACGGAAAGCCUGUCGGACAAGCCAAUUUCGACGGACAAAAGUUGUCCGACGAGUACGAGCAACGACUUUUGAAUAUGCAGAACAGGCUCGAGCAUUUCAAUUCGCAGUUGCGGGGAGUCAUCGUCCAGGCUGCAAAGCAAAGAGGAAACUCGAUUGAACCAGAGAUUCAAACUGAGUUCUCCCAUGAUCCCGCAGACAACCUCGAAAUUUCUCUGAACAAGCUCGAGGACAACCUUCAUAUCCUGGAGCAAGAGCAACAUGGCCAUCAGGAGUCUCGAAGUGCAAACCGUGUUGAGGAACAACUCGUAGAACUUAACACACACCUUCACAGUGUCUUGAUCAACAGUGCGAGUAAGGAUUUGACCCGUGAUCUUCAUGAACCGCCCGUUGUCGGUGGACAUGGCUAUCAGCAUCAGCUUCAAUACAUGGAAGAAUCGUUCUUCGCGCUGGAGCGAGUGCUACAGCAGCAGACAGUGCCACCUAACGAUCAAGUGUCAUCUGAAGCUCUGGAACAGGUCAACAGAAAGGCUGAUCUUCAUGCACAAAAGGCUGCUGAAUACGAGACAGUUCUCGCUGGAUUAUGGGAGAUCAUGUCUUCGGAAAAGCAAGGGCCACAGGACGGCUCGCGGAGCCCACUCACCCCUCUGAAAGAAGACUUCUCGAUCCAAGCGUUCAAUUCACGCGUUCAGCACCUGAUCGAUGUCGCAUCCAGCGCCAAAGAGCAACAAGAUAUCCUGCGCCGUCAAAUCCAGCAACAGCGUGACCUCAACGGCAAGUCUGAUAUGGAAAAAGACCGCGAGAUCGCCGAGAUGCAGAUCAAGCAUGACGAGCUCACAGACUCUCAUUCUCAAAUGCAGGAUGAGCUCACCAAGGUCAUUGUCAGUCAUCAGCAGACACAGCAAGAGGCCAGCGAAAGCCGUGCAGAGCUUGUCAAUGUCAUGGACGAGUGCGAGCGAUUGCGACAGCUUCUUCGGGAAAAGCAAACACAAUUGCAGGAACAUAACUCUCAGUUGUUGGCGCAGCAAUCUGAAGCGCAGAACAAGGACGCGCAAAUUCAACGCGACAUUGCAAGCUUGGAAACUGAAGUUGUACGCCUGACGACCGAGCUGACGGUUGCGAAAGCGGAUCUAGAAGGUGCAUACGGCACACGAGCUCAGCGCCAAAAGGAGGCGGGCGUGGCGGCUGGAGAAUUUGAAGCGUUACAAGACAACUACCGCCAGGCCACAACUGAGCUCGAGCAGCUGCGCGAACAACAUACAUUACUCGAGAACGAACUCCAGGAAAUGACGCAAGAGUUCCAAGAGAUGACAAGAGAGAGCCUUGAAUUGGAGAAGGAACGCGGCCAACUGGAAAGUUUGAUAGACGGCCUUCGCGACAGGUGUGAUGCGCUUGAAGGUCAAUUGGCGGAUGAGAAGAUGCGAUUCAUCGGUGUGAAGAGUCCAGCCAGUGGCACCGCGGAUGGCCCAGCAGUCCGAGAGAACAUGAGUGUCAUGGUAUUGAGGCAGGAAUUCAAGCGAAUGAUGCGGGAGGCACGUCUGGAAGGAGUCAAACUCAUACGGACGGAGCAAGAAGAGAGGCGGAAGCUCGAGGCCGAGUUGCGCAAAAUCCGGCAGGCUAACGGCCCUCUUGGUCGACAACACUCCAACGGACCUUUCUCCCCCACACGGUCGAAUACCGGUCUCUCAACGCCAGCAUGACGGACAUAAGCCUCAGCGCCCGGUGCGUGUCGAUGGGCCUUCUGUUCUUGGUGGCGUCUUUGAAAAACAUCUCCUCACUUUCAUGCAUUUUUAUUUCUCUAUCUUCUUACUUCAAUGUUCUCUCAGGAAGGCAACGGCGUGUCCUGGUCACAUUCUGUGGAGGACUGUGAUUGGAGUUGGUGCUCAAUUCGGGAGGAAGCAUGAGUGCUCGUUGGGUUCAUGGGCUAUCUGUAUAUGAAUCAUAGCAGGGACAGUGCGCAUUCUUUGGGAAUUGAAAAUACACAAAUGAAACAUUAUGUUUGUAUUAUAUUGUCAAGGCACAGGAAUCGGUCAGACCGGACAGAGCACUCCGAGUACUAAUCUGAUGAGUGUCACCCAUAAUAGAC